AUGGGUAAUUGCAUGGAUCCACCUUCGUUAACUCAGCUAAACAAAAAGGAAAUCAAGCUUAAGUUUGACAAAGAAGAAACCGCAAUGGGGCCGGAAUAUCGCCAGAAAACUACUGAUGAUCAAACACUUAAAGUUCUCACUGCAGAAAAGGCAAGAGCUCCUCAACAAUCUCGAACAUACGAAAAAGGUACUGUUAGGGUAUAGCCCAGGACGGCAUUUAGCUCGACCUGGGCUAGGAGAUUCACCGCAACUAGUGGAGUUGGUCCUGCUCCAUAAGUUACAAGCCAAUUUCGUGAAUUGACAAGUAAGUAUAUGCCUGCUAUGUCAACUUGUGGAUUUGAUUGGCAUUUAUGGAGUCAGGCCAAAUCCAAAAGUUGCAUCGGAAGUGCUAUCCCAGGACGAGCUAAACGCUGACCUGGCCUAUAUCAGUGUUCUAA